AAUUCGUCAAGCAAAACUAUACUAAACCCCUUCAAUUAGCAAUUAAUCUUUCCUGCCACUAGUGAGUCUCCGACGUCCCAUCGAUGCUGACUUUUCCGCCUUCCCUCGGCGCCGUUUUCCGUCCUCCGCUUUCCGUCGGUUUUUUUUAACAUGUUUUCAAAUCUUUUAGGCCGCACGCUGCUAUCCUCAUCAGUCUUCUCCGCUUUUCCCCCCAUCUCCUUCUGGGCGCACCAGGAAAAAAAUUGAUACAUUCCUCGGCAGCUGCGCGAGUCCUCUGUUGAUACCCCCGGCGACCCAAAGCCCCCGUCCGAGCAGCAGCAGCAGCAGCCUAACAGGAUUGGGGAUUUUUUUUUGCUUCGUGUUCUCCUUCUCCUGCUGUAGGCGUUGAUUCGGGUGAUGAGAGAUGGGCUUCUUGGCGUGCUUGUGCCGAUGCCCUCAGGACGGGGACGACGACGAGAAGGAGGGGGAGCAGUUCAGAAUCAACCACCAGGUCGCCUCAGUGGACUACCCAAAAUCUUCUGAAAGCAGCCCAUUGAAGGCUGAGAGAGUGGUUCAUAUGGACGGAGCCCAGCUAAUUGGUAGACAUGAUGAAGCAACAAUCUUCACGUUGCGUCAGCUUGCUGAGGCUACCAAUAAUUUUAGGCAGGACUCUCUUUUGGGGCGAGGGGGAUUCGGUUGCGUCUACAAGGCAACUCUUAGUAAUGGACAGGUUGUUGCAGUCAAACAACUUGAUCUAAAUGGGCUUCAAGGGAACAGAGAAUUCCUCGUGGAGGUUCUCAUGCUCAACCUCCUGCAUCACCCUAAUCUUGUCAAUCUGCAUGGGUACUGUGUUGAUGGCGAUCAACGCUUGCUCGUUUAUGAGUAUAUGCCAUUGGGAUCACUAGAAGAUCAUCUACAUGAUCUUGCACCUAAUCAACAACCUCUAGAUUGGAAAACACGGAUGAAGAUAGCUGCUGGUGCAGCGGCUGGUUUGGAAUACCUCCAUGAUAAGGCAAAUCCUCCAGUUAUUUACCGAGACAUUAAACCAUCAAACAUUCUCCUUGGCGAAGGCUAUCAUGCAAAAUUGUCCGACUUUGGACUUGCUAAGCUUGGUCCUGUAGGCGACAAGACUCAUGUGACAACACGCGUCAUGGGGACACAUGGUUAUUGUGCUCCUGAAUAUGCCUUAACUGGACAGCUGACAGUGAAGUCUGACAUCUAUAGUUUUGGCGUCGUUUUCCUUGAGCUAAUUACAGGUCGAAGACCACAAGACAGUGAUCGGCCUCCUGAGGAACAAGACCUAGUUGCAUGGGCUCGUCCAUUGUUCAAAGACCAAAAGAAGUUUCGCAAGAUGGCUGAUCCUUCGUUGUGUGGCCGCUUCCCAAAGAGGGGUUUAUUCCAGGCACUGGCUAUUGCAGCAAUGUGUUUGCAGGAGAAGGCAAAAAGCCGACCUCCCAUGAGGGAAGUUGCCGCAGCUCUCUCUUAUUUAGCAUCACAAGCAUACGACAGGAACAACAACGCUGCUGCUCAUCGUAAUCGUGCCGGGCCUUCAACACCGAGAGUUCUGGACGACCAGAUUGGCCAGGACACCUGCACAUUAGCUAAUCAACAGGGAGCUCAGAUGUCCAUGCAUGUCGGGACAGACCACGCCAUGCCUGAAGUGAAGGAAGCUUCCUGUAGUGGUUCACAUCGUGGAGGACGGGGCAGGGUUACCCCGAAUGGCGCUGAUAGGGAGCGUGCACUUGCGGACGCCAACGUGUGGGCCGAGGCUUGGAGGCGCCAGGAGAAGGCAAGCAAGAUGCGAUAGCGACCAGAGCCUGACUGCAUGAGUUUUGACAUGUCACUGCAAAGAUGCUUACUUUGCAUACAUUUUGAAAGAGAACUGUGGGCUACACGAAGGGUUGUUAGAAUAGAAAGAGGAAUAAUGCGCAGUGGAAAUGCAGAGCUUCACCAGAGUGAGCGCUUCGAAGAUUUCACCGGUGAAUCUACAGUACUCAGACUUGUUUCAGUGCGUACAUGGAUUUAGCUUACUUUAUACACAGACACUUCACACUCCAUAGAUGCAUGUAAUAGCUCAAUAAUAGGCACAGUAGACUACACAAUCUGUCUGUAGUUCAGCGGUUUUGGAAAAUUAAUAACAUAGGAUCCGCCGUUAGGUUGCAUGAAAUGCUAUGAUCCGUUGGCGGGUCUUGCAUUCUCUAUUGGGUCAACGUCUACAUAUUUGUACAUCGUUCAACCAUUUACAUGAUGAAAUAUACAAUUAAGACUUCUAA